AUGGAAGAAGGUGAAGGCUCUUCUGUGAAAGCUAAGGAAGGAGAAGUCAGGUUUAGAGGAGUAAGAAAGAGACCAUGGGGAAAAUAUGCAGCAGAGAUAAGGGAUUCCAAUAAGCAUGGAGCUAGGAUUUGGCUUGGGACUUUCAACACUGCUGAAGAGGCUGCAAGGGCUUAUGAUAAGGCUGCCUAUGCUAUGAGAGGCCAACUAGCUGUCCUUAACUUCCCUGAUGAAGUUAGUUUAAACUUCCCUUCUUUUUCAAUGCCAACUUCUCCUACUGUGCAUGUGGAGAGUGAGUCAAAAGAGAGUGAGAAACAAGUGUUUGAGAUUGAGUAUUUGGAUAAUAAGCUUUUGGAGGAGCUUCUUGAGUUUGCAGAGAAGAGUAAAAAGGAGUCUUGA